AUGGUGGAAAAUCAUAAAGCUAUUUGCUUUUGUCGACCUGGAUAUACCGGGAAAUAUUGUGAAGAACAUAUGCCGUUGUGUAAUACGCAACCAUGCUUUAAUGAAGGAAUUUGUGAAGCUGCAGCUGGUACAUUUCGUUGUAUAUGUGCACAAAGUU